CAUGGCGGACGAAGCAGAGGGAGAAGGUACGACUAAUAACGUACGAGAAGGGACUAUAGAUCCAUUGCAAAUCCCUGUAUCCUCUGAAACAGAUGACGAAGAGGACAUUAUUGCUGUUAUCCGUGCUCCGUCUUCGACCUCCAACACCAACGCUUCAACCACAGCCUUAAUGGGUUCCCUCAAGCUGGAAGAGGAUCCAGACAUCAAAGAUCUCUUUAUCACUGUUGAUGACUUUCAGAAACAUGUCUUUAAGAUUGAUACUUACAUCACGUAUAGAGUCUUCACAAGGACGACAAGAAGUUCCUUUGAUGAGCCUGAGUACAGCGUGAGAAGACGCUACCAAGAUUUCCUAUGGCUCCGACAAAAACUCACAGAAACGGAAGAAACUCAUAUUAUACCGCCCCUACCAGAGAAGCACAGUAUGAGAAUGGACCGCCUGAGUAAAGACUUUGCCAGGAUACGGCAGACAGCCUUGCACAAGUUUAUGCAGAGGAUCUCUGAACAUCCUGUAGUGUCAUUUAAUGAAUACCUGAAGAUCUUUCUAACAGCCAAGGCAUGGGAACUAACAACUCAUCGCAAAGCUGGUGCUGGGAUUGUGAGCCGCAUCGGUUCAACCAUCAAGACGACUACGUCAGCCAUAAUGCUGAAAAACAGGAGUCCAGAGUUUACGAUAAUGACAGAAUAUAUCGGCAUGUUUGGUGAUAAGAUGUCAUCAGUCGAUAGAAUAUCCCAGAGGAUUCUUAAAGAACAGUCUGAUAUGGGUACUGAAUUAGAAACUUACGGCCCAACCUACAGACUAUGGGCAAACUCAGAGUCGGAGCUAACAGAAACACUUGGUGGUCUUGGAGACUGCCUAGAUAAAUGUGCCAAACCUUAUAAAGACAUGACGGAGAAUACAGAGCUGCAUUUUCUUCCCGCUGCCAAGGAGUAUAUUCUGUAUGCUGAUUCAGUCAAGAGUACGCUAAAGAAGCGAGACUUUAUCCAGAUGGAGUAUGAGCUAGCAUGCGAGGAACUCACACGCAAGAAGAAUGAAAGAGAACAUGUGAAAAUAUCUGACCAGAACUACUCCCUGGGGGCCAUAAUGGGUAAAGACCCCAAUGAUGUCAAAGAGGCUAAGAGUACCAGGCUCGAUACACAGAUUGACAAGCUUCAGAAGCAGGUUGAUUACCUGAGUGACCGGACGGAGGUUGCUAAUGCUGACAUGAAGGCUGAUAUGGAAAGAUGGCAACGGAAUAAAAGGAAAGAUAUGAAAGAGAUGUUCACAGGGCUAGCUAAGAAUCAAGUAGAGUGUUAUAAACAGUGUCUAGAUGCUUGGGAGGAAGUCAUCGAAGUCUUAAAGUCAGACAGGAAACCUCAUGAGGAGCUGGUUAACUCGUUAUUUGAGAUGAGUGAACCAUCAAUGCAUGCCGCCGAAGAAAACAACUUGCCGCAGAAUGACUUGAAAGAGUAAGAGAGGCCUUGUUUUAAAACUCCCCCUUUGUAAACAAAAAUAUAUAUAUAUAUAUAUAGGAAUAAUUUGUACGUCGAAAUUAUAUCGUAAAUUAUCAAUUGCUGGGCCGCAGAUUUUUGCGUUCCUCUGAUUGGGACUUGAAUAUCUGUGAUUUGUUUGGGGGUUUUAUGGAUUCUUGUGACUCAAUUGUGUGUGUUUAAUGUACAUGGCCUAAGAUUGGGUCUCCAAAAAUUGUCAUCGCGCAAAUAAUUUGAAGUAAUAUUUUUAUAGCUGAUAAGGUUGGAAUCUCUUUUGAUUUGAUAAUGUUCAAUUUGUGCUGGAUAUCCAAGUUUGAUAGUCAUAAAUUAAUUGGGACCAAUUCUCUUAAGCUGCAAAAAAGAAAGCUUGAACUUUUGAUUGAGCCAAAAUGAAGGUUUUGAAGAAGAGCUCACUGAAAAAAUGAUUGAUCUCAAGUCUAACAAAGAUCAGAAUUUGGUAGAAGCCUCUCUUUUUAACUCGCCUAUCUAAGUUGCCUUAGAGAUUGUCAGAGAUGGAUUUUUUCCUUUUUGCUGAGAAAUUUGAUGUUGUUAGAGGGCUGAGGCUUUGGCUUGAGGUGAGGUUCUGGCUUCGGAUUAGGGUCCGGCUUGAGCUGAGACUCUGGCUUGAGCUGAGGCUCUGGCUUGAGCUGAAGCCCUGGCUAAGGCUGUCCCUCUGGCUAGGGCUGAAGGUACGUCUUGGGCUACGGCGAUAGUCUUGGGCUGAGGCGAUAGUCUUGGGCUGAGGUGAUAGUUUGGGCUGAGGCUCUUUCCUAAGCUGAGGCUCCGACUUGAGCUGAGGCUCUUGCUUGGACUGAGGUUCUGGCUUGGACUAAGGCUUCAGCUUGAGCUGAGGCUCUUGCUUGGACUGAGGCUCCAGCUAGGGCUGUCCCUCCAGCUUGAGCUGAGGCCCUUACUUGGACUGAGGUUCUGGCUUGAGCUAGGGCUUCGGCUAGGGCUGUCCCUCCAGCUGAACUGAGGCUCUGGCUUGGACUGAGGUUCCGGCCUGGACUAAGGCAUCAGCUGUGGCUUUUGACACAAGGAUUCACACUGGCGGGGUGAGGCUAAGCCAGACCUGAAGACUAAGCCAGAUCCAUGUUUAAGGGUUUCAUACUAAUUGUUCUCAUGAUCGUUUUUACAUGGAUGUGCCAAAACUGUGUCUUGUGUCUAGUGUAUUUUUUGUACAAUGCCUAGUUAAUAACAAUAAUAAGCAUUUAUAUAGCGCCAUCUAUCUAGCAAACUAAUCCGAGGCGCUGGAGAGGAAAAGAAACCGAAACAAAAAAGUUUAUACAAAGAAAAGGAUCAAACGAAAGUACUACCAUAAUUUUGUUCAUUUACUCUGAACAAAGUGAUGAGUUAGUGGUCUCUUGGCUGGGGAAAUAUGACUCACAUAUUCUGUUUGAUUAUCCCAAACUCCAAAGGAUCUAUGUGUACGUUUUAUAAAACUCCAUCUGUAAGGCUGCUUAGCCGUAGCAAACUAUCUGCAGUUUCAGUUAUAACAGCAUUGCAUUAUGUAAUACUGCACCAAGGAAAUGUUUGUAACACUGGUCAUAUCAUGCAAUAAAGGAUUCUUCCAAACUAUAAAAUUCUGCAAAUACAGAAUG